GCACCCAGAUUCUGGGUGCUAAAUUGAAAUUUUCCUGUGGGAGGGGUGGGAGAGGAGCGUACGUUUGUUAUCGGAAAAUUUUCCUCGUAGUAUUGUGUUUUGUCCUUCGCAAAAAGAAAAAAUAUACAUAGUUCACGCUUGAAGAUUUUGUGUUAUUGCAAUUCAAUAACACUGCCAUGGCCUCAGAAGAAUGGAGUAUUAAGUUACAUGUUAAUCAUGGAAUUAGAUCAAAUUUCAAAAGAAUACUCAUUCAGUUUUCGCCAAUGGCUAGUAAAGGCACGCCAAAAAAGUACUACAAGAAUCCAUCUAAAUCGUCGGUCAAUAUCUCGCGCUGCAGACUCUGUAAUUCUGUUGGUGAUCCGAGGCAUUGUAAAGGUUUGUUUCGGGACUCUAACGUCGCGAUUUUACGUGACGUUGAGACUAUUUUCGGCGAUAAGUUGCCACAAAGUAGCAACCUUCCGCACUUGAUCUGUCGGCCAUGUGAGAGAAGACUAAAAACUGCUAUACUGUUAAAGAAAACAAUUUACGAAACGCAGCAACAACUACAAGAAGAAAUCCGUGCCAAACGUUGUGUUGAGAUAUCGCCGUCGGUCGAUAAACCAGCACCCAAAGUUCGAGCAACUGGGAUUACGCGUCGACGCAGUAUUGAUUUUGACAUCGCUACCUCUGAAAGCGCAAGUCCUACAACAUUACCUUCACAAGAAGGUGAAUUAUUGGAUUUGGCUAAGGCAAAUCAAGAAUUGAUUGAGGUUGCCAGAAGAAGUGAACCAUCUGUUCUCAGGCAAAUAUCCUAUGAUGGUAUGUCAGAUGAGGGUUGGAUGUCGGAAGUGUUAGAAGAGAUGGCAACCAGAUGUCCAGUUGUGAACAAAAUACUGCUAUCUCUGAUAGAAAGCAGCAUCUAUCCGGGGAAGAAGAAUCCUGGCAUCUGCUUAAUUUAUGGCAUCAUAAUGUUCUUAAGAUGCCAUGAAUUGAGUAGAAUUCAGAGAAUAAACUCGGUUUUGUUGGUACAAGGUCAAGCAUCUGUUAAUUGUAUUGCCAAAUUGAAUAAAUAUGGGCUAUGUCUUGAGCCCACCAAAAAGUACAAGAUCCUUGACGAUGUUGGAAAACAUUUACUUGACCGUGCCACAGAGCUAGUGAAGUCUGGUUACAAGUUUGUCUACGUAUUAGACAAUAUCGACUGGGAAGAAAAAGCACAUGAUAUGAGGCAGGAUAUUCAAAACCGUAGCGUUCAUGCAGUUGCUUCCAGUAUUGUCUUUAAUCGAGUACCAGACCAAGGCUUUUCUGACUCUGGUCCACAGCAGGAUCUCAGGAAAAUCAAUGCCAGGGAUGUGGUGGCUGUAAAUGAUUCAGAGCUAAAAGAGAUACGAAGUCGGUACCAGGUCAUCAUUGCCAAAAUUUUGUUUGAACAUUUACCAUCCUUCGCCAUGUUUCAACCAUUUACCCCUCAAACCACCAAAUGUGUUUAUUCCAAAGAAUUAUCCGAAAAAUCUGAGGUUGUCACAAUGCCAGUACUUAUGAAAGAUGAAAAGAAAUACUCGGACUGUGUUGAUGUUUUGGACCAACUUGAGAAGUGGACUCGUGAAAUAUAUUCAUCAGCUGGACUGUGUGCACCAGAGCCUGAAGAAAACUGUGAAAGUACACCUGCAAUUGGAACAACAUCAAGACCUGAUCAACCUGCCUCACAUGUCCCACCAGCUGCAUCUGAGAGUGAUCCAUUGCAUGGUGUGAAAGUACCAUGCUUUGGAGAUCAACUCACCCGUGUUAGAUUUGCUGGGGCAAAAGAUUUACGUGCUGGGUGCCAUUCAGCCAAGCAGAGGUUGGAUCAUCUCUAUCCCUUUUGCAUUGUUGACUGGCAUACGAAGAGAAGUUAUCUUAAGGUAUUGUAGUGUA